ACAGCUGGAACCCAUCUCCAGAAACAAAGAACUGGAAGCCAUCUUCAGUUGGAGGGAUUCUUCCAGAUUUUUGUACCUCCAAGGUAGUGAUGGCUCUCCUGAAGACCCUUUCAUCGCUUCUGCUCUUGCUGCUGACCCUGCUGGGGCUGGGGCUGGUGCAGCCCUCCUAUGGCCAGUCCAUGUACCAGCGAUUCCUGCGGCAACAUGUGGAUCCUACAGUGACAGGUGGCGACGUUAAAUACUGUAACUUGAUGAUGCAAAGACGGAGGAUGACUCAGUUCCGUUGCAAGCAAUUCAACACCUUCAUCCAUGAAGACAUCUGGAACAUUCGUAGCAUCUGCAGCACCACCAACAUCCAGUGCAAGAAUGGCAAGAUGAACUGCCAUGAGGGUGUAGUGAGUGUUACAGAUUGCAGAGAUACAGGAAGUUCCCCAGCCCCCAACUGCAGAUAUGGGGCCAGGGCCAGCACUAGGCGUGUUGUCAUUGCCUGUGAGGGUAACCCCCCAGUGCCUGUGCACUUUGACAGAUAGAUACUAUCCUGAAGGGGUUAUGGCCCUGUGGUUGGCCUUUAACUUACUCCUUGAAUAGCAAUGACUAGUGCAUUUGAGCUGUCUCAGGUUCUGUCUUCUCUGGUUAUGUCUACUUCUUUUUCUCUAUAUAACCAAUUCUCUUAAAUGUAUCAAAGAGAAAUGGAGGCAUAAACCUAAUUUGGGUGUGGGCUUUUCUAUAAUAAACUUUUCAGUAAAUUCUUCUGCUUCCUUUUAUAAUACUGGUCAGCUUAACCCUCUCAACAUCCUAUCCUCUGGAAUGUAAUCAUUAUAUGUAUGAUAUAGCAUUUCAAGUAUUUUAAGGUGCUUCCAUCUCAGUUAUCUCAUUUUAAUACCAUCACACCCUGUAAUGUUGAUGUUGAUACAUAUAGGGCCCAAAAUUAAAGGAUUUGCUGAAGAACAUGAAGUUAGUGGAAAAGCUGAAGCAAAAUAAUCCACUUCAACUGGCUACUAAUCCAGGACUUUUUCUACUUCAUCACAAGGAGUGUUUUGAAAGUAUCUGCUUUCUGGUAUUCCCAGCAGUCAGCUGUUGGGGGAAGCAUUAAAAAUUUGGAAAUAUGAACUGGCAAAAUGAGAGCUCUGUCUGUAAUUUGGCAACCUUGUUAUGUUUGGGUCUAAUAAGAUUAUGAUACAAAGAAUAUUUUUUCUCUUCCCAAACUUUUCUAUCACUGUAGCAAGUCAGAGUAUUAACAAUGCACUAGACUAGAUCAUUAAGACUCAUUCACUCUUCCUGACUGGAAAGAUUUUUCAUGUUUUCCGUUUAAUAAAGAACUCAAGCCCA